CCCCCUGCGCCGAGAAGUGUGCAAAUUUUGCAUACUGAAUUAAGAAACGAUUGUGCAUGGUGACGAUCUGUGUGCCGUGGCGAAAAGUCCGUAUUCCGUUUGAAAAUUUCCACAAGUAGAUUAGCGCUACAAAGCUGCUGACUUUGGUAUUUCGGUGGCGAAGAAACCCCACGCAGUAGGAGAUCAAAUUGCCGCAAGAUGGAACAAAUAAUCAAAAAUCUCUUAGUUGCUGAUAAUGAUAUGAUACAGCAAGCUACCGCGGAAUUGAAAGAAGCGUUCAAAAAAGCAGAAACAAUUCCCCAACUGUGUCAGAUCUGCGUAUCUAGCCCGGACACCCAGGUACGACAAUACGCGGCAAUGCUUUUGAAAAAGCAUUUAUGUAAGCUGCGUGCGUGGCGGGAGGUCCCAGUUGAAACUCAAGCCCUUAUCAAGAAGGGUAUGUUGGAGGCCAUCGUGAAUGAAUCGGAAAAAUCCGUCCGCAACGCUAUCACAGCCUUCGUGGGCGUGCUUGUUAAACACGAAGCUGAAAAGGAGGACGGCUGGAUGCAUGAGGUACUAACGUUUAUGUUCGAGAGCACCAAGUCGAGCGACCCGAAACUGAGUGAACUCGGUUCGUCAGUAUUUGCCACGCUGACCGACGUAGCACCGGAUCAAUUUAUGCCGCACAUCGAAAUGGUUUGUCAACUGUUUUCUGGUGCACUUGUGGCAACGGAAGCAACGGGAAACAUGGCAACACCGGUUAUCUACAAUAUCCUGCUAGGAAUGUCCCAUCUAGUGCCGUUCAUUCCGGGCCGACAGGAGGUAGAACAGACGUACCAGGACUCGAUUCCGUACGUGCUGAAAGCACUGGCUGCAUUCGCCGAGCAGGAUUCGUUCAAAUUUAUCGAAGCGUUCGAUAUACUCGAAAGUCUCGCGGACGAAUCGUCCCGUACGCUCACACCACAUCUGAAGUUGCUCGUUGAUUUUUGCUUACAACUGGGUGGCAACGCCCAGCUGGACGAUUCGAUUCGAGUCAAAACGAUUACCUUUGUGGGUUGGCUGGUAAGAUUGAAAAAGAAGAUGAUCAUCAAACAGAAGCUAGUCGAACCAAUUAUAUUGGCGCUGUUUGCUCUCAUGAGCACGGCCCCUGACGUGGAGGACGAAGACGAAGAGUACUUUGGCAGCAACGAGGUGUCGACCCCGAGCACCUGCGCUACGCAAUCACUCGAUGUGCUUGCCCUGCACAUUCCCCCGAAGCAGCUUAUUCCGCCGUUGAUGGCACUGCUCGAACCGGCACUUGGCGGAUCGGACCCGUUGGCGAAAAAGGCCGCCUACCUCUCGAUUGCGGUGAUUGCUGAGGGCUGCUCGGAGCACAUCUGCAACAAAUACCUCCGGGUGUUGCUCGAUGUAAUCAAGCGCGGAAUCACCGAUCCGAACGUGAUGAUUCGCAACGCGGCCCUUUUCGCAUUGGGACAGUUUUCCGAGCAUCUGCAGCCGGAAAUUUCCCAGCACGCCGAGGAAAUCCUUCCCAUUCUGUUCGAGUUCCUUCAGCAGCUGUGCCUUCAGAUACGCUCGGGUGGCAAGGAACCGCAGCACAUCGAUCGUGUAUUCUACGCUUUGGAAACGUUCUGCGAAAAUCUGGAAAAUCAACUGACGCCCCACCUGCCGGUGCUGAUGGAGCGUCUGUUCGAAUCGCUGGACUCGCGCAACACCGUCCAUUUGCGUGAACUGUCGCUAACGGCGAUUGCUGCCACAGCAAACGCCGCCAAGACGCACAUGCUGCCAUACUUCCCUAGGUUGAUCGAUUGCUUGAAAGUGUACUUGGUAAAAUCGGAAGACGAAGACAUCCGCACGUUGCGCCCGCAAGCAAUUGACACGUUCGCCGCGUUGGUACGCACGAUCGGGAAGGAUAACUUUUUGCCACUGGCUGUGGACACACUCAAUCUGGGCCUUACCAUGCUCGACGAGAGCGACGAUCCGGACCUGCGCCGGAGUUGCUACAAUCUGUUCGCUUCGAUGGCUUCCUCGGUGGGCGAGGACAUGCAAGGUUCGUUGUCGAAGAUUGUCCAGGUGAUGCUGGACAGCGUACGCAGCACGAAGGGUGUUGUACCGACAUUCAAAGAUGGAGCCGGUGAUGAUCUACCAAACCUGAUGAACGAAAGUGGCACAAACGGAGUCGAUGAUGGAGACGACGACGACAAGGAGUAUGAUAUCGAAAAUUCGAUUGAAGGAGACGACGACGAUGAGGAGGAGGAUUUGGCUGGGUACAGCAUCGAGAAUGCGUACAUGGACGAAAAGGAAGAAGCCAUCCUGGCACUGAUGGAGUUUGCUGAGCAUACCGGGUCCGCCUUUGCGCCCUUCAUUCAGACGGCCUUCGAAGACAUCUACAAGCUGCUCAACUACCCGAAUGAAAACAUCCGCAAGGCGUCAAUCGAUGCGGUGAAGCAGUUCGUCGUUGCGCUGCACCAGCUCGGCAACGCGGAGGGCGUGAAGCAGACGGUACUGAUAUUGAUUCCCAAGCUUAGCGAAAUCAUCCGAACGGACGAGGAACGUACGGUGGUUAUGUCGGCUCUCGAUGGUUACACCGACAUUCUACAGGAGGUCGGUGCGGACACGUUUGUGGCGGAUGGACAGAAGGAUGCCAUCUUCAGCUGUAUCGUGGAUGUGCUGAACGGUAAGGUUGCCUGCCAGUUUGACGAGCCGGUGGACGAGGAGCAGGAAGAAAGCGAAUACGAUGAGGCGAUCCUCGAGUCGGCUGGUGAUAUUCUACCAAAGUUUGGCCGCGCUCUUCCGCCGGAAGAGUUCGCUAUUUAUUUUGGUCGUGUUUGGCCGUACUUUAUUCAGAAAAUAGAAAAGUCGAAACAAAAAGAUGAGGCGACGGACUCGCAACGAGCUUUUGCCAUCGGUGUGCUGGCCGAGUGCUUCGAGGGCUUGAAAGAAUAUACGCGCAACUGGAUUGAGACGCUGUUACCAAUCUUUCUGUCGUGCGUCCAGGAUCGCAAUAACGACGUACGUAGCAACACCGUGUACGGACUGGGUGAGAUGGUGAUGCAUGGAAAAGAGUGCACUUUUGGUCAUUAUCCUCAAAUCAUGGCAGCUCUCUCCCAGCUCGUCUCGAAAGAACAGCAUGCAGGCACGCUGGAUAAUCUGUGCGGUGCGCUGGCGCGGCUAAUAACGACGAACUGUAGUCUGGUGCCACUGAAGAGUGUUCUCCCAGUGUUUGUGCAGUACUUACCUUUGCGGGAAGAUUUCACCGAAAAUUUGGCUGUUUUCCGGUGCCUCGAUCUCCUGUACAAACAGGGCGAUGAAAACCUAGUACCCCUGAUGAGCAGAGUCCUAGUUAUCGGACUGCAAGUUCUUUACAAGAAAGAAUAUCAAGACGAUGAAUGUAACAAAUUGGUGCUCAACCUAGUGAAACAAAUGGGCAAGGAUUUCCCGGACAAAUUCAACGAGGUGAUCCGCGGCGAUGCAGAGCUAGCCGCAUUCGUACAAACGAUAGUGCUCCAGUAGAAGUUAGCGAAACCGCAUUUCAUGCGCAAACUAUUCGUAACGUACAUCAAUCCAUAUCUGCUGCAUAAUACGUGCAUGAAAAGGGACAAUGCGAAGUAAACUUAUGCACAAGAAAACGAAACAGGUAGGCAGAAAAAAGAAGAGAAAGAAGAGAAAGAUCAGAACAUUAACUGGGGAGAGCAAGGGCUCGUCAUUUGCGUUAUUGUCGUAUAUCCUUGAUCGAUGGCAGAGAAAAAAUCACUAGACGAGAAGUAUGAUAUAAGUUUCGUUGAAAAAAGUAUGUUUGGAGAAGUUUGAAUAGAAUUCUAACGAAAGCCAGCAUAGCUGAGCCGCUGGUGCGUGAGAAUGUGUGCAUUUAAGCAACAAUAAAUAACUGCGCAGAGACGAGUACUCGACCAUUCAGCCGACAGUCAGUCACGCUCUGUGCAGUCACGCUAAUCGCCGUGCAACUACUAAUCCACCUAACUCACCCAUAGCAGGAAACAAAUAAGCCACCACAACAUUAUUGAAUGCCGCCGAACAGAUCCAACAUUACCGUAAUCGUAAAACGUUCACAUUUAAACAUUGCUGUUGGUAUUGAGUGGGUCAAGUUGAGAUUCAGUUCAGCGUACAGCUUUCAUAAAAAGUGGUUUGUUUAAAAUUUUCAAUUCGAAGACAUGUAUCGAUAUGUUCUUCCCUUUUUUCCAUUUCUCUAACAACAGGUUGCAAAUUAUUUUGUACUGCCGUUUGCUAAAGGUCACGUUGAUAAGUGCCAAAAGCGUGCAUGUCUCCUCUGCUAUGUGCUUUAUAGUUCCUCCUUGCGCUAGAGGUCACUCUAUGGUGUAUUACUAAUGGAAGAAUAAUUUACCAUAUCUUAUAGAUAUACGUUAGCAUGUUUUUUUACUAAAACUCAUUUAAAGGAAAUUAUAUAAUCGCAUCGUUAGCAACAGGAGUUGCAUUUUUCGUUGGACGCUAAUUAUUCAUAUUUUCGUACACCCUUUCACAAUUUAUCUCAAAAUAAAAAUCUCUGCAAUGUUGUUAAGCAGAUGGGAUGUAGAAACAUUUGGUUUUUUUCAAAUUUCCAGAAUUCGAUUUCCUCACGGCUUUUUAAUUAAAAUUAUUAUUAAAAUCAUUUGCAUGUGCGACUCAUAGAAGAACGAGGAGUCUAGAAACCAGAGAAAUGGUACCGGAUUAUACUUUUACUACGAUUAUACUAUUUGCAUUUAAAUACGAGUUAAAGAUAUAGGUACAUUUUUUAACAAUAGAAAACAAACAUGUUAGGUAGAGCGGCAAGCAGUAUAGUUUGAUCCUAUAGAACUAUCGACGGUAAUGGCAUGUUCCUCGUGAAAAGGAAAAUUUCAAAUUUCAACUACUUGCAUUGGCUCUACAUCAUCAUUGCUGACUUGACUGCUGUCCACUGAUCCGUUGGAACUACACCUCCGGAAAUCAUAACCUAAAGAAUACUAGUACUUUAACUUUAGCCGACCACCAAAACUAAGUCACAAUGCCAUCGGCGCAUUGCAACAAAUUUAAAAACCAACAAAAGCUCUGAGAAUGAAAUGGUCACAAUAGGUGUUUGGGCGCCUUGGUGAAAAAUCUAAAAACAUGAAAAGGAAAAAUGCUACCGCAGAUCUAGAUGUAAUUUCAACAUUAUCAACACCGUUCAUUACCCAUCACACAUAGAAAUGAAGAAAAUGAAAGGAUAGAAGUUUUAGAUGUGUGGCGAAAGAUUUAGAGAAUGUGCGUGUGACGGUCGACUGAAUCAUGUUACGUGGAAUAUUAAGCAUUCAGGACGCUGAGCUGUGGACUUUAAAAUGUUGUUUAUUGCAUGUCUAAUUUCUCAUCUUUGAUAGUAACUGAAACGAUUAUUUUCAAAUUAUACUCUUUACGGACUA